UCCGCUCUUUCCGUCUGUAGCACUCUCCCUCUCCUUGGAACACAUGAGCUUCUCCUCCCGAAAACUGAACCGCAGCAGCAGCAGAGGCAUCGUCCCCCCUCCCCGCAAUCAUACACGACAUGGCUACAAUCGUAACCUCGACCAGGUUUACGGACGAGUAUCAGCUUUACGAAGAGCUGGGAAAGGGUGCCUUCUCCGUAGUGCGGAGAUGUGUGAAGAAAUCCACUGGCCAGGAAUAUGCUGCUAAAAUUAUUAACACAAAGAAACUGUCAGCAAGAGAUCAUCAGAAACUGGAACGUGAAGCCAGAAUCUGUCGUCUACUCAAACACCCCAACAUCGUUCGACUCCAUGACAGUAUCUCAGAAGAGGGUUUCCAUUACCUGGUCUUUGACCUUGUAACUGGAGGGGAGCUGUUUGAGGACAUCGUCGCCAGAGAGUAUUACAGUGAAGCUGACGCAAGCCAGUGCAUCAAUCAGAUCUUGGAGAGUGUCAAUCAUAUUCACCAACAUGACAUUGUGCACAGAGACCUCAAGCCUGAGAACUUGCUGUUGGCCAGUAAGAUGAAAGGAGCAGCGGUGAAACUGGCUGAUUUUGGGCUGGCCAUCGAGGUGCAGGGAGACCAGCAGGCCUGGUUUGGUUUUGCAGGCACACCUGGUUAUCUUUCUCCCGAGGUCUUGAGGAAGGACCCUUAUGGCAAACCUGUGGAUAUUUGGGCCUGUGGUGUAAUCCUGUACAUUCUACUUGUUGGUUACCCUCCAUUUUGGGAUGAAGAUCAGCACAAGUUAUACCAGCAGAUCAAGGCAGGAGCUUAUGAUUUUCCGUCUCCGGAGUGGGACACGGUCACCCCCGAGGCCAAGAACCUCAUCAACCAAAUGCUGACCAUCAACCCAGCUAAGAGAAUCACUGCAGAGCAGGCCCUCAAGCACCCAUGGGUCUGCCAACGUUCCACUGUGGCGUCCAUGAUGCAUCGCCAGGAGACCGUGGAGUGCUUGCGCAAGUUCAAUGCCCGCAGAAAACUAAAGGGCGCCAUUCUCACUACCAUGCUGGUAUCUAGAAACUUCUCAGUGGGCCGGCAGCAUACCAGCCCUGCUGCUCCCACCACAAGCACUGCUGCUCUUGCACAGGAAGCAUGCAAAAGUUUACUCAACAAAAAGGCUGAUGGAGCCAAGCCCCAGACAAACAACACUAAAAACAGUGUAGUGAGUGCUGUAGUGAACGCCAUGAAAGAAAGCAACGUGGCCGCCUCUACACCGAUGGAGCCACAAACUACAGUUGUGCACAACCCUGUUGAUGGCCCGAAGGGCUCCACCGAGAGCUGUAACACCAAUGAGGAAGAGGAUAUGAAAGGUAGGAAAGCCGAGAGCGCACAGGGAGCGAGCAGUGACAGUGCCGUGAUGAGUCAGUGCAGUGCCGGGGACGAGCCGCCCGCUCUGGUGGCUUCACCGCAGGGUUCUCCAGCCACCGUCCCUGUGCAUGACGUUAAACGCUUGGCAUGGAACAGUUCAGGACAUGCAUCAUGUCCAGAUUUAGAGCACACUCAGUCGGGACCCUUUGCUGGAGCCCGUGGGGUCGCUGGUAUCCCUUCUACGAUUGGGGCCGCAGCUCAGUUUCGUAAGCAGGAGAUCAUAAAGAUCACAGAGCAGUUGAUCGAGGCUGUCAACAAUGGAGACUUUGAAGCAUACACAAGAAUUUGUGACCCUGGUCUGACCUCUUUUGAACCCGAAGCUCUGGGGAACCUGGUGGAGGGGAUGGACUUUCACAAGUUCUACUUUGAGCACUUGUUAAGUAAGAACAACAAGCCCGUGCACACCACUAUCCUGAACCCUCAUGUUCACCUCAUUGGAGAGGACGCUGCCUGCAUCGCAUAUAUCCGGCUGACGCAGUACAUUGACAGCCAGGGCCGCCCACGCAGCUGCCAAUCAGAGGAGACCCGCGUGUGGCACCGCCGUGAUGGCAAGUGGCUUAACGUCCAUUUCCACUGCUCAGGGGCACCAGCCGCCCCCUUACAGUGAAACACACAAGACAAAGAUAAUGGGAAUGUUUCUUCUUUGUGGCCGGACGGGCACAUGGAGGCCAGCUGGGUGACAGCUCUUAAAGUUACAGACGCACCAGUGAGGAACUCUUGACAACAUCCAGUUCAACUGUCAACACCACUUAUCCUGUCCAAUCUUUGACCAACGGGAGCUGGCCGCGGCUGUGGCCUCGCCCAAGGGACGGUGCAUGUAUCUGACGCCCACAUGAGGGUGCUGUUUUGUCCUUUUCCCAUGGAACCAUCUUUUUUUGCCCGUUAAAGAUGUUCAGAAGGUGUUGUGAGUACUGAUCUAUGAAUUCAUAAAUAUGCUGUAUAUUGUAAAAAAAAAAAUCACUAGCUGAACCAGAAGCUACAAUCAAGUUUGAAAAGCAUUUAUGUAAGUAAAACAGGACGGGGGAGGGUAUUGGGGUGGGUCAACUUAAAAAGAGUCACAAAACAGACUAGCGCCCAAAAACUGCAGUUUACAGGGUCGUAAUUUAAAUCUUCCAUCUUGUACACUUUGCAGUUUUUUGGGAAUUAAGGGAACGGGUUGUCUAAAAGUUCAGAAGUUCUUCAUAUCAAAAGGAAAAGAACCAAAGUGUAGUUUUUUGUCUUUUUAAAAGAGUGUUUCUGUUUUGGUGUUGGUUUUUUAUUUAACCCGGGUCUAAGAGAAGGUUUGUAUGACCCUGGUUUUAGUAUUCUCUUGUGUUAAUGUGGAACUCUUAAUCUUCCUUUUUUUUUAUUAUUAUUAUUUUGUGUUCAGUUUGAGUUUUUAAGACUAUUUUAUUUUUUAUGUUAAUCUAAAUAAACGUAAAGAUUUACAGAGAUAUUUAAAGGAGAUACACCAUUCAGGUUAAGGCAAAAGAUGCUCGGAAAUGUGUGUUUUUGUCUGUGGGUGUGUGUCGGAUCAGAACCAAUAUAAAUUUAACCUCCAUGACCCCUGAUACAGAUUUAAUUGAAGGCUUUGCACCGGUUGCAAAUGAAAGUAUGAAAGCCAUUGUAAACAGACCAGCUGUUUUUCAGCACACAACCAAAUACCGACCAGUAGAUUCACCCAACAUUUCCUAUUUUGUCAUAUUUAAGUGGCAAGCAAGAGUUGCGUUCAUGCAUGCACACAAACUGCCUCUAAAAACGUAUUGUGGUAGUUGUAGAUAUAAACUCAAUUCCCACUUUUUAAACUCAAGCAAACAAGAUCGGAUUCAGUUGUGUGGCCUUAUCUUCACUGCCCAUAUCAGACCUAAGCAAAAAGGAGAAGUAGUCAUUUUAACUACAUCAUGACGAAAAUAAAAAUGACAUAAGCAGUCGAAGAUUGAGCUUUGGGCACACGCCGCCCCUUCUUAACACAUGCACACACACACACACACACACACACACACACACACAAACACAGACAGUUGCACUGUAAAAGUGUGCAGUUAUUUUUGUAAUGUUGGACUCGUCUAAAUCACCCUGUCCUAAGUAUUGUUGUAGUCGUUUGUGUUGGUGACGGGGGUGUAAAUGCCGUGUGUGUUCUGUAAAUCCACGUCGUUCGGUUCGUCCAAUCACAAGGAGCAGGUGUGGAAAUCUGCACACACUUUAUGUCCAGUUGCCAUAGUUGUGUUGUUUAAAAUCACAAUUUUAAUGUUUGUACGAUUAAAAGUCACAGAGGUAUGUCUGUCAGUUUUGACCACAAACUAUAUUACACAUAGGUUUUAUGGCACUAUUUAAACCGAGUUUUAAUGUUACUGUUACUUAAUUGUUAGAAGUGAGGGUUUGGUUUUCACAAGUCAUAAAUUUGAACCAUUAAGUUUGUCUGUAGUUGCAGGAAUGCUUUUCAUAACUGCUGCUGUUUUGUCUUUAGAUUUUAGUAGUUUAGUUUCAGAGGCAAUAUAUCGUGAAGUGUGGGGGAGACAAAACAAAAGGCAACUUCAUCUCCUCUCCUUAGAACACGUCCGUCACUUGUAUGGAGUUCUCGAUCUGUAAAUACAUGUGGUGUUCACGCUUCGUGACAUAUCAAAACUGUACCUGUGAACGUGUGUGCGCGCGUUUAUCACCUUAACGACAACGUCUUUUAAGUAGUGAUGCCGUCAAAUUGUGUGAUGCCGUUUUCACGUCCGUUUUGUGUCUCGCGCUCUCUUUUGUUUGUGGUUUUUUUUAUCUUUAUUUUUUUUUAUUUUUCCUUUGUUUUUUGUUUGUGCUAUGGGGAACUGCUGCCUUGCCUGGCCAAACAUAGAACUACACAGACUUUUUAUUUAUUAAUUUUUUUUAAUCCAUCCGAGAGUUCCUUUUUCUGUACAUGGUUGUCUUUUUCAGCUCCAUGAAAAUGAAAAGGAAUGAGAUGGCUAUGAGGACACACUAGUUAGUAGAUUUAGAUAAAUAAAUAUCCACCCCAUGAAAGCAUGGUUUGAGUCCCGGGCCAGAAUGCGCAAAUGAGUCUUCUGGCCCACCCGUCCAAUGACAGAGAAAUCAAAAUCAAACACGCAGUUUAAAUAAACUGGUGAAUAUGCAUGUCUACUUUUCUUGGUAAAUCUUUUUUCCACUGUCUGUGUUUACUUUAUAAAAAAAAAAAAUUAAAAAAAGGGAAAGAAAAUCUCAUAGUAUUUGCAUCUCGACAUGAAUUAUAAGUGAAGUACCAUAUGAAAAAAAAAAAGUAGAAAAUAAUGAAAAUAAAUAUAGAAAACAAAAGCCUCUGCUUGGUAUGCUCCCCACAUUCUAAGUAAAUCUAUUGCAUUGUAAUGGUAUACUAUUGGGCUUCGUAUAUACUCAGAGUUUAAACAUGGAUGCUGGAUUUUGCAUGAUCAUACAUUUAAUAAAACCAUGAAAUGACAACUAUCAAGUGUUUGUCUGAAUGUUAGUAGGUCUUCAUCAUAGCUUUGUUAUUACUGAUCUGGAUAUUAUUUAAUAAAAAGAGCUUUUCUGCA